AGGACAUCUGUGCCUGCAAAAUCCAUUUCCAUAGGGACAUUCCAGGUAAUUUCUGUGCUGGUCCAAUUGCGUGGUCCCUUUUGAUUGGUCCCUGUAGCUUAAUUAUAUAUGGAUUAUAGCCAAUAGGAAGGCUCCAUCUUCUCAACCUUAACAUUCAUGUGGUAGCCAUAGUAGCUUUUAGUUAAGGAACCAGCAGAGAUAUUAGAAGCGACGUGACUUGACUUAGGUUUUUAUUGUCCAAUUUCAAGGAGCCUCCUAACAUAAUUUAUUAUGAUAGUAACAAUUAAACUGAUUUGCUUAGGAUUUUUUUUAAUAGGGACUGUAUGUGGAGAACUAGCUGGCAAUGUUGAUAGCUCUACUGUAAAACAGAAGGAGCAACAUACUGUAAUAAAAGAAUACUUCAGGGAAGAGUUUGAUGAUGAGGAUGGAUGGCAGAAACGAUGGAUUCAGUCUAAGCAUAGAACUGAUUAUGGUAAAUUUCGGAUAGGAGCAGGAAGAUUUUAUGGAGAUAGAGAAAAAGAUAAAGGUCUGCAGACAACUCAAGACACUAAGUAUUAUGCUGUGUCAGCAAGGUUUCGACCAUUCAACAACGAAGGUCAGACCUUAGUGCUUCAGUAUACAGUAAAAUAUGACCAACGUGUUGAUUGUGGUGGUGCCUAUGUUAAACUUUUCCCUGAAGACUUGAGUCAAGAGAUUAUGAAUGAAGACUCAAAGUACUACAUUAUGUUUGGUCCUGAUAUAUGUGGUGAAGACAAAAAGAUAGUGCAGGUUAUCUUCAACUACAAAGAUAACUACUACCUGAUUAAAAAAAACAUCACAUGUGAGACCGAUGACUUUACCCAUCUAUAUACUCUAAUAGUACGUCCGGAUUUAACAUAUGAAGUUAAGAUUGACAAUUAUGUGGCUGAAGCUGGUCACCUAGAAGAUGACUGGGAUUUUCUGCUUCCAAGGAAGAUAGUAGAUCCCAAUAUGCCCAAACCUGAAGACUGGGAUGAAAGGGAAACUAUUGAAGAUCCUAUGGACAAGAAACCAGACGAUUGGGAUCAGCCAGAAAGAAUUCCUGAUCCAAAUGUGUCAAAACCUUAUGACUGGGAUGAAGAGAUGGACGGGGAAUGGGCACCACCAUUGAUUGCAAACCCUGCGUACAGAGGCAUUUGGAAACCUCGUAUAAUUAAAAACCCCAAUUAUCGGGGAAAAUGGGUACAACCAGAAGUAGACAACCCAGAUUAUAUACCAGAUCCUAAUCUUUACAAGUAUUUUAACAUUAGUGUCAUUGGCUUAGAAAUUUUACAGGGAAAGUCAGGUACAAUCUUCGAUAAUUUUCUGAUCACAAAUGAUGAAAAAUAUGCUGAAGAUGCUGGAAAUGAAAUGUGGGGUGUCACAUAUGAGAGAGAAUGGAAGAGAAGGGAGAGGCAAGAUGUAGUGUAUAACAAAAUUAAUGAAAAGGAAGAACCAAAGGGAAAGGAGACCAAGAAAGAAAAGAAGGGAAAGGGUUCCAAUGUUAAAGAUGAACUCUAACCAGCAAAAAAAAAAAAA